AUGUUGGUUGGCCCAUCGAAGCCCGGCUGGAAGAACGCGGCAUGGAAGACGCAAGCGUCAGGCGCAAAGCAGAAGAGGGCAAGAGGAGGCAAGAAGGAGAAGAACCGGCUAUUCAAACAGUAUUUGAAGAGUGCGCAUGGAAACGGCGGAAGGGGUGCCGGCGCCAAAGGCGCUGCAAAGGGCGCUCGCGGCAAGGGCGCAGUGGUGCUGCAGCCGAGGAGGGGCGUGCUGAACUUCGCACAGGCGACCAUGGCCAGGAAGCGCUGGAAAAGUGACUGGACCUGGCGGGCUGGAGAAGAUCAGGAAUACAGAGCGCCUGACUUCGCAGGGAAGGCAGAGCCCUCCGACUCCAGCCAGAUUCACGGCGCAAGAUGGCAUGCCGGAGAUGCAGAGGCACAGAGGAUGCGACAGACCAUGAACAUUCUGGAGGAAGUCGCGAGCCGCGACUCCUUCAGGGCGGCAAAAUGGUCUUCCCAGGAGGUGUUGGAAGUUGGGGCGCUUCGCUUCGGCAAAGACAGGGUGUGGGGAAAGUUCCAGCGUGGUCAGCAUGCCAACAAGUGCAUCUACGAGAUUCUCAACAAGCAGGGCCAGAAUGAUGCUGGCCUCAAAUGGUACAACGAUGAGGGGAGUAUCCUGGAAUACAUGCCUCCGCUGCUGGUAGUGCACCACAAGGGUGCGGACGUGGUGAUUUGCGGGAACCGGCGGCUGAAGGCUGCGGUGAUGCUGAAGCAGCACAUCCGUCAACAGAUUUUCGUUCACUGCAUGCGCUACGAUCUGGAUUGCCACCCACAGGAGGUUCCAGCCACAGUCAUGGCAAAGUAUGCGCUGAACUCUGCGCGGCCGCUCACUUGGCGCGGAGCAUUCCAGGCACUGGCGGGUGAGGCGCAGGCUCGUGCCAACCUGCUGGGGAUCAACCGGGCUUCAGCUUCGGUGCCGUCCGAUGGCACCCGCUGUGAGGGCUGUGGCGAGCACUUUGGCAUGCUCCGAAGGCGACAGAUCUGCGGGUCCUGCGACCGCUACUUCUGCGCGGCCUGCCUGGGGGCCUUCACCGUGGCUGGCAUCGGCUGCUUUUGCGGCUCCAAGUGCGCACAAUGCCGUCAGCUUGGUCAGCGCAGCAGUGAGUUUGAGCAGAUCCGGCCGAAAAUGGAGGAUGGCGUCAGUGUGACCAUCGGCCUUCCGAAGAAGGCCAUGUUUGGAAUGGCAGCUGACAGGCGGAAGCUGGCUGCAUGGCUGUCCCUCCGAGGAGCAGACUUGUCCUGGGCGACCCUGGAGCAACGGGCUGGCCAGCCAAUGGAGCAGGCACUGCUUCCCUUGGCCGAGGUGCUCCAUGUGCGCAACACCGGCUUGCAGCUGGAGCUCUCCAUCAAGGGCCAACAGCAAGCGACGAGCCUGGAGUUCGGUACCUCAGAAGAGCGGCUUGCUUGGGAGCGAUACCUGAACCUUGCCGCUGAGGUUCUGAUCCCAGAAAGCGAGCGCGCAGAAAGGGAAGAUGCAAAGGCAUCCUUUCGUGCCCAAGAGCUGGAAGAGCGCCGGGCCCUGAACGAGGAGAGGAAGAAGCGCCUUUCGGAGGGCUUGGGCAUGCGCUUCACUGCAGAGGCCAUGGUUGCCCGAUCCUGA